AUGAAAAAAAAAAACACCUUUUUCUUUCCAGAUGCUUACCUCUCACCAGCCUCCUUAGGCACCGAGAGGCUUCUGCGAACCUCUAGUGUGUCUGGUAAGAACUAAUCCAUUACCUUCUGCAAUGUCAGUUUGGAAACAUGUUUAUGUUAAUUAUCAUUUUUAUCCUCUUUGUUACAAAGGAAAACUGGACGAGGUGGUGCAAGCAUGUGGCUUCUCAUACAUUCUCCCUUGGUCGACAUAAAUUUUUUGCCCAAAGUCUUUUUAUUUAUCUGGAUUUUUACUGGAUGUUACUCAGUCAGUGGAAGUCCAAACAUUGCCACUGUGAUCAAAGCCAGGUGCUAUGCAAACUGCUUGACAAAGGUGAGCAACUUUUAUUGUAGUAAGGUUUUUCUACAAGCGGCUACACCGUACGAUCUCUCACCUGUUCAAUGUUGCAGGACAUUUUAGCCAACCAAUAAGCAACAUUGCCGUGAGUCAAUAGAGUUGUCCGGGCGAUACAUCGACGAAUUAACUGCUUACGGUUUUUUUUUUGUUUUUUUGUUUUUUUUUUUUGAUUAACCGCACGGGGCGCUUAUUUAAUUUUGGACUUUGAGACUGAAAGCUUUUUCGACGUAAGCGCUUAUUCGAGGCUGGGCGCCCAUUAAGUUUCACCAUUCUUGGGGGGUGCUUACUAGAGUUUGGGUGCUUAUUCAAAUGAAUACAGUAUACUUGGAGCCACUCGGUGUAGUUUGCGAGCCCCUUUGCAGCUAAAUCAGAGCAACUCUGAGUUAUGAAAGAGCAGCUCAGAGCAACACCAAGGAAACAGCGUUGUGAGUAGUUCGUCAUCAGUAAAUUGUCGUUCGUUGAGUGUGGAGUGAAUUUUGUAGUUAGUCGAGUGUGGGUGGCUUGUAUAGACUCUGGGUGCUGAUGUGACAAUUCUUUAUCUCUCAAAUGCAGGGGAAGGUUGACAAUACAUGCUUAACCCCACACGCUAUCGACUUUGUAGAAAAAAGGUCUUUGGUACGUGUUUUGGCAAGACGUUGAAAGGCACAUGCAUACUAUCCAAUACUACUCUUGCAAGUUCGUAGCCUCCCACGCAGGCGUUUUUAGAGGAGCUCGUUUUUCAUCUUUCCCCACAAACGCCUGCUCAACCGAAAACAACAUUCCUUUCCCAUUGCUUUGUUUGCGUGGUAAGUGACCAAUCAACAGUUUUGAGUGUUGACAGGCUAAACACGACUAAAGAGACUUAAUCGUGGCCCUAGAUUUACCGUUUUCCUUCUUUUCUUUCCUUCGCCAAGGUUAUGCAGUGCAUGGAGUAUUCUAAAAUUUGACUAAAUCUUGGUUUUGCCGCUCUGAAUCUAACAUUUAUUAGAGGUCAGAAAGCUUUCUCAGUGUUUCAGGCAGAUCGAGUAAUUAUCAUCAAACGUUGUUAGGAGGGAUCACCUAAGUGAAGCCAGGAGCCGAUUACUGGUGAAGUAACGUUCAAAGGGGGGAUCGGCUAAAUUUCACCCUGUUUAGACCCCGUUUUGCCGGGAAAGAUAUGGUGAAAUACCAUACCAGUUUCUUCGGGAGAUGUGUGAAACGCCUAAUUUAAGGCAAAACACCCAACGAACCACAGGACACCCAACGCCUGGGACUCGCAACAGAUUCAGUUACAACUUAUCAUUCAUCAAAUUGUCAACUACCGCUCAACUACCGCUGCGGUCAAGGUCAGCUUUCCAGAAUUUGGAAAGUACUAGGUGAUUGGCUAAGCUUGUGAAAGGAAUGUUGCCUUCGGUUGAGCAGGCGUUUGUGGGGAGGGAUGAAACACGAGCUCCCCUAAAAACGCCUGCGUGGGAGGCUAGCAAGUUCGUGACUUGGUAGAAAAGCGUUUUGGGUACUUUUUUGGCAAGAUGUUUCAAUGUGCAUGAGUGGACAGAAAUUUUACUCCCACAUGCGUACGAUUAUGAAUAUAAUGUAGGCACAUAUCUUUCCAUAUUGUGCAUGCGUGCUUCCGUACAUUUUCGCAUGACCGGACAGAAAUUACACUCCCAGAUGUAUGCGAUACCAGUGACUACAAUUUGGUUGCGUUUAGUGACUGGCAACCUACUUUUGAGUCCAUGGUAUGUUUGAUAAGCGUCGAGAUUUUAUGUUUACAGAAUUCAGCGAAAAAUGAAACUGGAAUCCCCUGUCAAACAUCUAACUGUAAGGAAGUGAGUACCAUUAUUUUCAUUCAGUAAUUGUAAAGUUUAAAGACUCUUUAAAAUAUUAACACACCUCAGUCUCAUGAGUUAGGGAAAAGUACAAAAACGUACAUGUAUAAAAGGCAUAAAUCCUUACAGAGUGCUUCGCAAAUGAUUUGCAAAGAAUUUAAAUGUUAAUUUUUCCAUCCUAGGCCUUGACAUUUGUUUUAACUCUUCUGUUAUAGUGUCUAGCUCCAUGCGAAUCGUCUUAUCCUAAUGAAGCAGCCUGCAAGCGAACCUGCGUAAGUGUGGACUCAUCUGGAAUUAUUUGCAGUUGUGUUCAUCAAUGCUCGCCUCUCUCUCUCUUUAACUUUACGAAUUGGAAAAUCAUUGUGCUCACGUCGAGUUUUUUUUCUAUUACAGAAAAACUCGAGUAGCUGUCUGGAUAGCUGCAAUUUUUUGACCAAAGUAAAAUCUUUGUCUUCUGCAAUACCUGGAGAUGGUUCCUUGCUGCCAACCCCAGUGAAUCUAUCUGUUACAAACAGAAGUUACACCUCUAUCUCCCUGCAGUGGGAGGCUGUAAAGAACACGAAUGGCAGCCCUGUUUAUAUGAUAGAAAUAGAGUUGAUUAAACGAGGAUUAAGGAAUAUUCCUGUAAAUAUGAAAAAGGUAAAAUGAAUAAAACUUUUAAUUUUUCUUUACUUUGAUCUAGAAGAUAUAUAUUUACGCUGUUUUUUUUUUCACUCUUUACUUGUCGUAUUUCAUAGGUGUUUGUUAAGCCAGAAGCAACAAUUUCCUUCCCGCAACUUUGUACUUACAUCCAAUCGGUGACGUUCUCGAGAAAUCGUUAUUUAAACCUCUGGCCAGUAUUAUUCAAGUUCAAAGUGUCUGUCCUUACGGAAACUUCCUCUAUAAGCGCUGGGCAACAGACGGUGCAAACUAGUAAGUCCCUUUUUAAACUAAUUGGUAAUUAAACUCAAUACUUAAAAAAACUUCUUGAUUUAUCUGCAUCUUUCGUGUGCUAUCAAGUUUUUUUGUACUGAUGUUAAAUUGCAAUUUGCAAAGUCAAACAACUAAAAUAUAGUUUCUCGCUCUUAAUGCAUUGGUUUUUUUUAAUCAUAGGCAUCUAUUAGCGCCCCGAGGCUUUGCAAACAUCCCACAAUCCCUGUUAGCGACAAAGUGGCAAAUAAAUAAGAAAAACUAUUAAUACAAGUCCUUCCAAAUACUUCACAAAUCUAGAGAGAAUCGCGUGCUGGCAAAUCGAGUAUAGCAAAUGGUUGGGCUACAGUUGCAAUGGUCAGCUGUGAAGUUGAAGUGAGUGUACGAAAGCGAGGCAAACUUUCCUACUAACUUCUGGCGAGAUUUAAACUAGCAUCUGAGUGAACUAUGUCUGCUCCAGUCUAGCUACACCCGCAGCAAUCAAAAACCUAUAUUAAUAUUAUGUUUCCUUUAUUUUAUAUGUAAAAUAGUAGGCGGAAAGUUUUAAUAAUAAUAAUAACAAUAAUAAUAAUAAUGAUAAUAAUAAUGAGUUUUCAAAUUCACCGUCAUAAUGGCAAUUUUUUAUUACCUCCUUUACGAUCGUUGCGUUGUCACCUUUUUUUUUACCAACUAUAUGCAUCUAUUAUGUUUUAUUUUAGAUCGUGUAAGGCCUGAAACGGUCAAAAAUCUGACAGUAGACAGGAUAGAGUAUGAUCCAAAACGAAGACAUCACGACAGGCAAACAAAAGUGACGAUUUCUUUGAUUACCCCAAAAGGUGCAUAUUUUAAACGGUAUACAACUAUCCCCCGAAGGGGAGGUGAAUAA